AUUUGGAUCUACAUGUUACUUUUGGCAUCUUUUUACUGCUUCUAACCUCGUGAAAAUGUAUUAAAUCAUCAAGAAAAUGCCUUGUGUGUUUUGAUGUCCUUAAUGAAAAUUUUUCGCCUCCCUCCAUAAGGUAAGAGACAUAAAUUUCCUUGACCAUUUAGACCUUUUUCUGUGAUUACUUGUAUUGUUGUGUAAACUGUAAAGUAUAAACAUCCCACUCUUCUAGAGGUGGUAAAAUAACACCUUGGAAAAGCGGUAUGUUGUUACUUUAUUUCUCUUUAUGAAAGCAUUCAUAAAACUAUUUGAAGUUCCACUUUUGAGCGGGAACUAACCUAUUGUAUUGUGAAGACCAAGUCAGAGAAAGAUGAGUAUCUACACAUGAUUAAACGUGGCCACUUGAGCAUCAUUGUUGGAACUCAUUCAUUACUUGGCAGUCGUGUUGUAUACAACAAUCUCGGCCUUCUUGUUGUCGAUGAGGAACAGAGGUUUGGCGUAAAACAAAAGGAAAAAAUUGCAUCAUUCAAAACUUCAGUUGACGUCCUCACACUUUCAGCGACACCUAUUCCAAGAACCCUUUAUUUAGCAUUGACUGGGUUCCGUGAUGCCAGUCUAAUAUCAACACCCCCUCCAGAGAGGGUACCAAUAAGAACCCAUCUUUCAUCAUAUUCCAAAGAAAAAGUGAUAUCAGCGAUAAAUUAUGAGCUGGACCGCGGUGGCCAGGUUUUUUAUGUUUUGCCUCGUAUUAAAGGGCUUGAAGAGAUCAUGGAAUUUCUGGAACAAUCAUUUCCACAUGUUGAAAUAGCAAUAGCUCAUGGAAAGGUAACUUUUCUAUUGAUAUUACAUUUAUAUUGGCCUAUUUAUAUAUAAACUGAAUACUUGAAA